UUCACACUUACUAGAAGCGUCCACUAGCGACAGCCAAUAAGCGAGUAGGAGUUCGCGCGCGCUUUCAUUUGUUUACGUUUCGUAGCAGACAGUCUUCCGCCGUUAAUCUUCGAGCGAUAGAGCGAAUUUAAAAAAAAAAAAAAUGGUUCGAUCGAAACGUGUGGUGAGCAGAAAACAACGAAAAUGUAUUUUGUUGCGGAGUUUUCUUCUUGCAGCAUAUGUAUUGUAUAAGACUUUAGUCAAAAAGCCACGAAGUGAGUGGGUGAAAUCCAUUUACCAGCAGAGAGCAAUUCAUGGACAUCAUUCUGCUUUGCUACCUCAUCUACGAGAGAAUUAUCAUGACUUAUUCUUCAAUUUUACGAGGAUGUCGGGCAAUCAGUUUGAUCAGCUGCUUUCCCUGAUUGGAAAGAAAAUUGAAAAGAAGACGACUCGUUUAAGAAAGCCAAUUUCUCCAUCAGAAAGGCUGGCACUUUGUUUGAGGUUUUUAGCUACUGGUGGAACAUAUGCAGAUCUUUCCUUUAGCUUUAGAAUUGGCAAAUCGACAGUAUGCAGUAUUAUACAUGAGACCUGUGAAGCAAUUUGUCAGACUUUAGGCCCAUUGUGUUUGCCUGAAAUACGUUCACGAAACCAUUGGACUGAAGUUUCAGAUGGUUUUUCAUAUAAGUAGCAUUUUCCUAACUGUGUUGGUGCAGUUGAUGGUAAACACAUUGCUAUACAAGCCCCACCAAAUGCAGGAUCGUCCUAUAUCAAUUAUAAAGGAUUCCACAGCAUUGUCUUAAUGGCAGCAUCUGAUGCUCAUUAUAGGUUUUUGUAUGUGGACAUUGGAAAUUUUGGGCGAAUUAGUGAUGGUGGAGUUUUUGCCAAUUCUUCGUUAGGUCAAAAAUUACAAAACUCAAAAUUUUUACCUGAGCCAGCAUUGCUUCCUGAAAGUAACAAGGUUUUGCCAUUUGUUUUUAUUGCAGAUGAAGCAUUUCCUUUAAAAACAAAUAUGUUGCGGCCAUUCCCAGGGAAACUCCUUCCUCGGAAUAAAAGAAUAUUCAAUUAUCGUCUGGCAAGAGCAAGGAGGUGCAUCGAAAAUGCAUUUGGAAUUUUGACGGCUCGAUGGAGAGUACUUCGAAACACUCUCAACGUUCAGCCAGACAGAGCAGAUAGAAUUGUGUUUGCUUGCUGCUGCUUACAUAAUUUUCUGAUGAGAAAUGAAAUGGGUAAGGCUGCAAAGAGCUACUGUCCAUUUGGAUACGCAGAUUCUAUGUUUGAAGAUGGAUCUGUUCAAGAAGGUCUGUGGAGGCAAGACGAGAGCCAUUUACCAUCAGUUGGUAGACAAGGUGCCAAUAAUGCUACCGAAUGUGCAGCUGCCAUUCGAGAAAGAUUCAUGCAUUAUUUUAAUGAAGAAGGAGCUGUUCCCUGGCAAAAUAAAUUUAUUUAGUUUUUCUGCUUUC